UAGUUUGUUGAGUGCCGAUAGUGAAGAGAUGGAAGCUGAAAAACCAAAGACCAAAGCUCCAUUUUCACCGGAAUCAGUUAAAGCUACAAAUUUCUUGAGAAGCUACACAAGAAAAAACCAAGCAACUGGCUUCUGCAAAGCUUUGAAAGGAAAUGCAAUUGGCCUCAACAUGCUGGGACCAAGCAGGAAACUAAGUGGAAGUAUGUCAACAGUAUCCUCACCACAUGCGUUGAACAAAGAGAUUGAUAAAAAUCGAAGCAAGUGCUUAGUAAUUAGUAGCUCUUCGGGGCCAGGAGUAGUUGUUCGUGGAAGGCGCUUUCACCAUGCCAAUGCACAACCAAUGAUAAAAACAGCAGCCCAGAGCAAUCUUGGUUUACCUGAUGAGGGAAAAGAAUACCCAGUUGAUGUUCAAAGGGUUCCAGUGGACAGUAUUAUUUUAAUGGAAUCUGAUGGAAGAGAUGUGGCCUCAGCUGAAUUAGAAGAGCAGACAUAUUCCUUACCAAAUAUUAAGAGGCGCGUUUUGACAAAGCAAGCAAAAGAUGACACCACGCCAGCAUUGCCUGAAUCAACGAACCCCAAAGCUGCUUCUGCACAAAAUAUGACAUGUAAUGAGGAACAGGCACUCAGUGAAUUCUUCAGUUUAUGUAAUAAUUGCGGGAAAAAGAGUGAAGACCAUACAAAAUGUGAAAAUUGUAGGAAACCGAUACCCAAGGAUGCAACAAGACGGCCGAAACAAGCUCCAGAUUCUGCAAGUGUUGGGACACCUCAGCCACGGCCACCUAUACGUGCAUGUUCUCCAAAUCAAGCUGAAGGCAGUGUGGGUGUCAGCACCAAGACAUUUUACAACAAACCUCUUGACAUAAUAUUGACUCCAGUGCCGACUACUAAACUCUAUUCAACCAGGAAUCACCUUUUGCAAACUAAUGGUAAUAUAGGAUUGUUGGGACGGACAGUUUUACAUGGAACAGGACGAGUGGACUCCAAGAAACCUGUAAUGAAUGACCCCAUUGUGCUGUCCAGUGAUGAAGAGGAGGAAGACGACGACAAUGCCAGUACUGGAAGUAGCAGAAUGGAUGGUGUUCAUUCUGUUAGUAGAACUACUGAUGCUGCAAGUCCUUCUCCUGUGCUUUCCACCAACCCCUUAGAAGCAGCUUCAGAGGAAGCUCUGGAUGACAAUGCAACUGAACAGCUUUUGGAAAACAUUCGCACAGAGGUAGAACCUACAGUCACGUUGCCACGAAAAGCAAGGAUGAAAGACAAGUUUGGAAAUCCUUACCAUGAAACAGUCGGCAAGAAAAGAAAAAUUGAGGUUGCUCAGGCACAAACAGAUGGUCUUGGUACACAAGCGGAAAGCAGCUGUGAAAGUAUUAUUCUCAAGUGCCGAAGUAUACGGAUAGGAACCUUUCGCACAACAGUAUUGGAACCUGUUAUUUUCAGUCUAGACUUCAUCAAGGUCAGUAUGGGAGUGCCCCAUGAAUCAUCACAAGACAUUGUUUUAGACGCUUCGGAAUUCAUCAAGUGUGAAUGGUGCAAUGCACCUGUAUUACCAGUACUUUUUCUGCAAUUAACGCCAGCUGCUUGCCGCAAUAUACGAUCGUCUCUCAAUAUGAGCAAAGAGAAGAACUGGUUUGAUUCUGAAGCAACCACUACUGAUGAACGGUACAUUGUUUUGAUUUUUGAGCGUGCUCUGGAACUUCGAGCAGCUGCUAUUUUCGAAAGAAUAUUAACUGAAGUUGGCAAGAAGAACAAUAUAUCAAACUUUUUUGUCUCCAUACCAUUUGUUGAAGCAAACAACAGACUUCAUAUGUUUACACAGAACCUGGAAGAAAAUAAGAGCAAUCUAUUACUCAAGGACAGUAGGGGUUCACCCAAAUACUGUUUGCGGAACACCAUCCGCUCGAGCGAUGAUGGUUUGGGAUCAUCCCAUUCUUCUUUUACGGGUCCUAUUGAGAAGUUGAUAGUUUAUCCUCCUCCUCCAUCGAAGGGCGGCAUCUCUGUGACUAAUGAAGAUCUCUACUGUCUGAAAGAGGGAGAAUUCUUGAAUGAUGUUAUUAUAGAUUUUUAUUUAAAGUAUUUAGUUCUUGAAAAGAUCAAACAGCAGGAUGCAGACAGAAUACACAUCUUCAGCUCCUUUUUUUACAAACGUCUGAAUCAGCGAGAACGACGCAGCAUUCCUGAAUCUGUCACUCUAUCAUUACCACAGCGUCGCCAUGCCAGGGUGAAGACGUGGACACGGCACGUGGAUCUUUUUCAGAAGGACUUUGUGUUUGUCCCAAUUAAUGAAACGGCUCAUUGGUUUUUGGCAGUGAUUUGUUUUCCUGGCCUCUGCACUGAACCAAAUCCUAAGUUGCAGGACAAUGAAGGAACGCAGCACAACAGCUCUCCCCCAGCGGAAAGUGACAAUAACUCUGCUUUGCAAGAGGAGACAGACAGUUUAAAUGAGAACUCAGCUGCAAAUGGGCAGAGAAAAACUCCUGACAUCAUUGGCAGAGUGCCAGAACUCAGUAACUGUGAGAGUGUAGAGUCUGAUAAACUCCAUACCAGAAGAUGCUUGUCUGCAGCUAAUACUGUCCUUGGCAACUUUAAUCAGUUGAACGUAGAAUCAGAAGAUCACCAAAACUCUGGCCAGAGAAACGAAAAUGGUAUGGAAGGUAAACAUCUAGAUGCCUUAAAGCAAAUCGAAGUCAGUUAUGCCGAUGAUAAUGAAGAUCCUUUUGACUUUUUGCCAGAUCAGGAAUAUAGCCAGGAGGACAGCAAUGAUACUGGGAGUAUGGCAGAAGACAAUUCUUCAGAAAGUGUGCCAUGGGGUCAGCAACCUUCUAAACAGCCGUGCAUUCUCAUCAUGGAUUCUUUGCGUGGACCAAGUCGUACAAACGUGGUUAAAAUUCUGCGAGAGUACCUUGAAGUAGAAUGGGAAAUGAGGAAAGCUAGCAAAAGGUCCUUCACCAAAGACAUGAUAAAGGGGUCUAAUCCUCGUGUUCCUCAGCAAGACAACUUCAGCGACUGUGGUGUAUAUGUCCUACAGUACGUGGAAAGCUUCUUUGAGAACCCGAUUCCAAGUUUUGAGCUGCCCAUGAACCUGAUGGACUGGUUUCCUCAGCAACAAGUUAAAAAGAAACGAGAAGAAAUCCGCAAUGUAAUCCUUAAACUGUGCGAGACACAAAGCAGAGGGAAAAAAGGGCAGGAACUCAAAGCAACAGAGGCACCUUCAUGAGCAAUGCUAACCAAGACGGACCUCUGACGGAAGAUGCCUUUAUCGGUUACAGGAUUCUGUUGCACUAAUGCAGAAAUGAUUGGAUUUGUUCUAGUGUAGGUUUCCACAGAAGGAUAAAUACCCAGUGUGCCAUUGACCUUUUCAGAACAUUGUUUGAUGCACACGUCUCCAUUUUACAGCCACCCAAAUGAAUGUUUAUGUACUGUUAUAAAUAUAACAAACUGUACAUAUGUUCAUAAACAGAUUUUGCAGCAUUUGUGAUCAGUUUUCACUGUUUGGGUUAGUGAGCAUUUUGGUAUGUAUUUUUGUUAAAAGUAAUUGGAUAGCUACUUAUAAGUAUGAUUAAAAGUUAUUGUAGUAUUAAAUGGACUGGGCAAAUUUCUUAUUUCUUUUUGCCGAGUUUCUCGAUGGAUUUUCCUCCCCUCCUCACAUGAAUGAAUUUUCUCCUUGCUGGGCUAUGGUUCCAAGGUGUGCUUCAGUCCAAAGUCCCCAGGAUGGGGAUUACCCAAUCCUGUUCUCGCCCCAUUCCGUGUGUGCAAGCUUCCCACACUGAUCACUAAAGAGCAGCUUUCAGAGCUUGUAUCUCCUCCUUUAACCCACAGGUACUGAGGCCAAAGUGCAGCGCUGCCUGAGAUCACCUGAUUCUCACAUUGAGCAUCAAACCUUCUUGAACUGCGUGGUUGAUUGAAUUAAUUUAACCUUUUUUAAGAGCAACUGGCUUGAUAUCAUCAGUCAUCUGUGAGGGCACUUAUUGUGGUUGUAAAUAGUUUUUGGAGGACUGGAGUUUGAGUUGUGGCCUCCAGGUAAAGAGCUGUCUGUGGCACCAUACCUCAGCAAGUACCCCAGCAUUUCCUAGGAGGACGGGAGGAGAGAAAAAAUUGGUAAGCAAGGAAGUGAGGGAUGGGGUGGGUGGGGGCGAAGGUGCAAAUUUAAAGCAAGCAAGUGCCUUCAUAAAGAACUCUUUUAGGUGAUUGGUGUAAAAUUAUACAUCUUUAGAAUGUGUUAUUCCAAUUAAAUCAGAUAUUAGUGUCUUCCCUUACAGAAGAAUGGCAAAACCUUGUGAAAAAAAUUCCACGGAGUCGAUGUUCACUGAAACCAAAACCUUUUAAACCAUUUCUUCAGUGCUACUUAGUGUAGAUUCAGUCCGUUUUGUCUAAUUUUACAGCUCCAUGGCAUUGAAGCUGUCUAUAUUCAGAGGUCUAUUUAAUCCAGCAUUUGGAAAUCAACUGAAUAUAUUGCAGCUUUUCCUGCUUCUCUGCAACAAUACCUCAGAAUAUUUAUGCACAUCGUAGUUGCUCUGUUUGUAUGUGAGCUGAUUUUCUGUAAAUGCAGAUUUGAAACUGUAUGUGUACUGAUGUAUGCAACAUGUCUAUGCUUUAAUUAUAUUUCAUCUUCCUGCUGCUACAAUCAGAAUUGCCUCACUAAUGCAUUAUUUAAUCUGCAAGAAUGGCACUGAAAUAUGGGAACAGUUACUGAUCUAUUUGCACAGAAGUCACUUGGUUUUGAUUUUAAAAUGUUCCUUUAUUGUAAGGGUGUCAACUUUGGGAUUCCUUUUUAUUUAUGUAAAAAAAUUCUUGGGAGCAGCAAAAACUAUCUUGUGAAGUGAAUUGAAAAUGCAUGGCAUGUGCCAGCAGCAAUUGGUCUGGCUGGAAGACAUUGGAGGUGAGAGGAAAGGGGAGGCAAACAGGUGAAGUUACUUUUCUUAAUUCCUAGCCAGAAACUCUUUGGUAGAGUGCCUUGUGUCAAAGCAAAUGCAAUGUUCUCCCAGUUCAGUCCUCUGUAAUGGUCACUGUCCAACCUUGUGUAAGUCGGGAAAAUCAGAGUCACCCCUGGGCACAGACGAGAGCAUGUUUUCCAUUUCUGCAGAAUGGAAAUUGAUGGAUACAAUAUCUUAUUUGUUGCACCAGUCACUUUUUAGGUAGGCUGGAACAUUAAUCACUCAAUAUUACAGCAGUAUUUACAU